AUGGAUGUUCCUCAGACCCGAAACGCUAUUGCUGUUCUUGCGCAUGCUAAUCCCUUCGACGCGCUUCGGAGUCUCAACAACUCUCCCGCUCCGGCUGAUUUCAAGUAUGGACAGCGCAUCUCCUCUGCUCCAUUCUUGGUGGCCGAAGGUCGAGACUCCGCCCAAGACUUCUGUACCAUGCUGCACGCUAAGCACUCGGAGGUCGAAGGGCGUCUGGGAAGGCGAUCAUGCAAGACGCGCGAUGCAGUCCUCGGAGCCGUUGUUCCUAUCCUCAAACAGCAGAAAAUGAAGAGCUUCGCCCACUUCUGUGCCGACAUGUGGAUUUUCCCAGCUACCAACACAGCCAUAGUGUACGGCGGCGCCAUUUCACAGCCUAAGUUCUACACCUUCCUCGAGCCCGGAUACAUCGGUCGAACUGUACCUCUACAGAUCACCGUGGCUAGGCGCGGUCGGAACCGACAAUCAACAAUGAAAGUCCGCGUCGCCGGUGAUUGGGUCGACCUGAAGUCCUGGCUGAAUGGCCUGCCCCCGCCAACAUCCUCCAGAUUCGAUGCGAGACGUCUCGGCGAUCAAGGAUAUCAGCGCCAGUCCCGCUGGUGGUCGAUAACUGGGAAGUCUUUCAGGCUGAUGGAUCUACCCCGAGAGCUGCGCAAUCUCCUCAUUGUUCAUCUCAUUGGGUCCACAAUCCUCCCAGGCGAGGAGUGGAUCUACAAUGAAAAGCGAAUCGCAACUUUCGGCAGGGGCACCACCACUCCACGCUAUUCCCAUCACUAUCCGUCUGAAGACGAAGGCCCGCCCCCAAUCCGCGCGCCCAUCAUCCAGAUACUGUGUCUCAAUCGGCAAUCCCGCGCGGAGGCACUGGAGGUAGGCUGGAAGUACACAACAAAACGCUUCGAUCAUGAAUGGACCUUGAGAAGUUUUGUUAAAUUGGCUCCUACCCUAGGUUUCGAUGCCUUGCGCCACGUUGCUCUACAUCUCACCCAUAGAGGCUAUAUGGGAUUCUUUGCGAUUGAUGUCCCCGGCUGCGAACGGAAUGGGUACUACUCGUGCGAGGCUGACAUUCUACUACUAAUGCCAACGCUGCACUCUCUUCGGCUUUCUUUCGAAUCGACCAAGUACAGCGCUGAGAAUGACCCUUUCCGUAACUGGGAUAAUGACUGGCCGGCGCCGACAUCAUGCCAGAAGAUCCUUGUGGACUGGAUCCUUAGCUUCGCGAAGCCUUUUAUCGAACACAUUCCGGAGAUUCAGUUCGCGGGCUUCAUCAAACAUAGCACGAGGCAGAAGUUGAAGAAGAUCUUCGCCGACCAAAAGCUAGGGAUCAAGCAUGAAGUCGACGUGGCAGCUAUCAAAUCUCUUCCAGAAGACAACUUGGCGCCGGGCGAACGUAGUGCAGCCACGCCGGGCAAGAAAGGCCAUGGGAAUCCAUCGCAAUUGACGCCUGUUCGGGCAAUGCUUGCUGCCAGGUACGCAGCCGCGGUUAAGAGCCCUGCCGGCUUACGAAAUGUCAAUUUUAGCCAGGGGCUGUUCCUGCCGUCACCGCCGCUUGUGACCGGAGUGUUUCUGCGCCGCAGCCGGAGCAGUAUAUUACAUAAAUUCCAGAGUAGCACUUUACAGCGCAGAUUACAGAGUACGAUCGCAAGUCAGGAAGCAACAUCCCAACAUCCGCCUCCACCACCACCAAACCCAGAGUCUCAAUCACUACCACCCCGGCGCUCCCUCCCUAUACGCCUCCUCCGCGGGACUUUCCUCUUCCUCGCCCUCUUCACAGCCGGCUUCGCCAUGGCCGCCUCCCCUGCCGUCGAAACGAUUAACAGCUUCCUCAAGCCCCCCACCGACGCCGAAACGCUAGAAAUCUACGAGUCCACCCCCUCCUCCGCAGACAUCGAUGCCUACAUCAACAUGCACCCUCUAACCCAAUCCCUGCGCCAGGAUCCGCGCUUCGUCGAAUCCCGGCCCCACAUGAAAAUCCCGCCCUCGAUGCGCCCGCACAACCUCACCGGCGGCACCCUCCUCGGCGAAAACAAAAUCGCCUCCCCGCCCCUCACAUUCAGCACGCACGACGGGAGCCAGCUCGUCUCGAUCCAGCACCUCGGCCCCGCGCUCUGCGGACACCCUGGGAUCGUGCACGGCGGGCUCCUCGCCACUUUGCUAGACGAAGGCCUCGCGCGGUGUUGUUUCCCGGCGCUGCCGAAUAAGGUCGGCGUCACGGCGAGCUUGAAGAUCGACUACAAAGCGCCGUGUAUGGCGGGCCAGUUCGUGGUGCUCAGGGCCGAGACGACCAAGGUGGAGGGGCGCAAGGCGUGGGUUAGGGGGUGGUUAGAGACGCUGCCUGCGCCGGAGGAGUGGGUUGGGGAUGGGGAGGUGGAGAGGGCUAAUGAGAAGACCAAUGGGUUCAAGGUCCUGAAUGGGGUUGAUGGGGUCAACGGGUCGAAGGAGGUUAAUGGGGUGAAGGAACCUAAACUGCCGAAGAGGCUGUGUGAGGCUGAGGCCUUGUUUAUCGAGCCGAGGCAGGCUGCGACGAUGGCGAGAGUAUACUCGACGCAGUAG